UAACGAUUCAGCAGGCUGUGUUAGCGCUGUUGUGACCGGUUGUUUGAAUGAGGGUCAAGUUGGUGGUAUGGAAUAAUUACCUUUGGCCUAAAAUUGUAUGAAUACACCAUAUCAAAAUGUAACCCACUACGACGAUUACAAACAUCCACGAAACAAGGAACAUUGGGGUGUGGGUUUUGGAUGAGGUUGUUAGGCCAGCGACACUCUGCUACUCUGCGGGCUGAACACAGGCCAGUGGAGUGGAGACGCCGUGAACAGCAUGCCAGUGUGAGGAGAGGUCAGAAUGCAGUCUUCAGGUCAUCGGCAGCGUGACACCGAGCAGCAGCAGCCUCUUCUGUCGCCGGAUGACGACCGCGGGGCUGUGGCCGGCCUUGCCGGGGCGCCGGCUGACCACGGCCGACUGUGGUUCAUCCAGGAUGGGUGCGGCAUCGUCUGCGCCGUGGUGACCUGGUGCUUGGUCCUGUAUGCAGAUUUUGUGGUCAACUUCGUCAUGCUGCUUCCCAACAAGAGCUUCUGGUACUCAUUGGUCAACGGCGCUUUGUUCAACUUCCUGGCUGUCAUGGCGCUGGCCUCCCAUCUACGCGCAAUGCUAAGUGACCCGGGUGCUGUUCCUAAGGGCAACGCCACCAGGGAGUACAUGGACAGCCUCCAGCUGAAACCCGGGGAGGUCAUCUAUAAAUGUCCGAAGUGCAGCAGCAUCAAGCCAGAGCGGGCGCACCACUGCAGUAUCUGCCAGCGCUGCAUCCGUAAGAUGGACCACCACUGUCCCUGGGUCAACAACUGUGUUGGAGAGAAGAACCAGCGCUUCUUUGUACUUUUCACUAUGUACAUAGCUCUGAUCUCAGGCUACGCCCUCUGCCUCAGUUUUUUACAGUUCUACACCUGUGUCCAUGACCAGUGGAAUGAAUGCACUGACUUUUCUCCUCCGGUGGCAGUGAUGUUGAUGAUCUUCCUCUGUCUGGAGGCCUUCCUCUUCCUCACAUUCACUGUGGUAAUGUUUGGAACACAGAUCCACUCUAUCUGCAACGAUGAGACGGAGAUAGAGCGCCUGAAGAACGAGAAGCCGACCUGGGAGCGUCGUGUGCGGUGGGAGGGGAUGAAGGCUGUGUUCGGAGGUCCACCCUCCUUCCUCUGGCUCAACCCCUUAGCCGGCCUGCGUCUGCGGCGCCUUCUGAUGACACGUACACGACGCAGUGGGGUGGAGUUCUCUGUCUGAGGGCCAAGCACUAUAUCAGACCCCAACUGGGAACCUCUAAACACCACUCUGAAAACACAAUCGGGUCACCUGGCUGUCCCAAUCUCUGUACAGGGACUUGACAUAAUCUUCUGGCCCUAUUUGGAGCCCAGCAUGGCUGCUACACUGGCUAACAGGGGACCUGUGUCUUGGGUCUGGGUGUGUCUCAGCCAACAAGCCCUUUAUGGAGAGGUAGAGGCACAUGGAGUUUUGUUUUCUUUUUAAAACCUACCGAUGUAGA